UGCUCAGCACACGCGAUGGAGACCGAGGCUGCAGUGAAAAUAUGGAAGAGGACAGGCCUCUAUACCACACCUCUGCAGUUUACGACAUUUCUGUCUGAUGGGGACAGCAAAGCGUAUACUGCCGUGUCGGAACUCAAUGUUUAUAAUGGUGUUCCUGUGCUGAAGGAAGACUGCACAAACCAUGUUGCCAAAAGACUCGGAACCGCUCUCCGAAAAUUGAAGAUGCCAAGAGGAGAGAAGCUAAAGGACGCAACGAUUCGCAAGCUGCAAAGCUACUUCCAGGUUGCGAUUACGAGCAACAGAGGCAGUGUUCGGGACAUGUAUUGUGCUGUCUGGGCAUCCUACUUUCACUCUUGCUCGAGGGAUGGUGCCAGCAGCCACAAGUUUUGCCCAGACGGAGACACGUCUUGGUGCAAGCAUAAGCGGGCACAGGCGUUGGGUGAGCCAGCACCACCCCACACUCCCAUCCUGACUCCUUCCCAAGGCAAGCCAAUGCUGCCAGUCUACAAAAGACUGACAGAAGAAAAGCUGCUUCAACGUUGCGUGAAAGGGCAGACACAGAACGCAGCUGAAUCGCUCAAUAGCAAGAUAUGGCUGUUGUGCCUGAAAACGAAGUUUGCGACAAGAACUGUUGUUGAAACAGCGACAGCAAUCGCUGUCCUUUGGUUCAACCAAGGGCACUCUGGCUUUGAGGAGGUGCUUCAGGAACUUGGAGUUCUCCCGUCCAAGGAAUUGCUUUCCCUAAGCAAGGAUGCCAACAAGAGGCGCAUUUCAAGCAUGACAGCAAAAGUCACAGCUGAAGCAAGGGCCCAUCGCCGCAGUGCAGCAAAAAAGGCCCGCCUGGAGGAGGCGGCUCACAGGGACUGUGAGGGUCCAACAUAUGGCGCUGGGUCAUUCUGAGAUUGUGAACUCUUUCAAGACAGCCUUGCUUACAUUCUCUGUGAAUUUGUUGAAUAUUAGUUAAAU